AUGGGACCAAAGUCAAUCCUCCAGUUCGUUCUAAAAUGUAUUUUUACCAAAACACCACUUGAAGCUGCAUGUAAGAGGGAUCAAUCGAGUAUUGUGAAAGAUUUGCUAGAGGCAGGGGGUGAUGUCAAGCUUAGAAGUUUUGAUACAACGCCCUUAAUAAGAGCAUGCACGUGUGGAGAUGAACGUAAAGUACAACAACUGCUCGAAGCAGGGGCCAGUGUCAAUCAAAUGAAUGAUACUGGAUUUGACACACCACUGAUAGUGUCUUGUGGGCGUGGACACAUGAGUAUAGUAGAGAAGCCGCUAGAUGCAGGAGCAGAUGUUAAUCUAAAUGAUAUAUAUGAUACACCACUGACAGCGGCUAGUCAGAGUGGACACAUGAGAAUAGUAGAGAAGCUGCUAGAGGCAGGAGCUGGUGUUAAUAUACAGGACUCGGCAGGGAGAACACCUCUACAUAAGAUACUUUUAUUUUAUACUGAGACUGAGAUACCCUUUAAAUUGAAGGAUAAUGCGGACCCAACUGUCUGUGAUUAUGAAGAGUUAUCAUCAAUUAGUAUUGCUUUAAUCAGGAAUAAAUUUGAAAUUAUAAAACAAUUAUACUCAGUCAUAUAA